GGAGUCAGCCUGCGUUGCAGGCUGCAAGAGGCCCGGGGCAGGCACCCGAUUGCCCCGGACCUUGCCGGGGGGCCCGGGCCGGGGGAACCCACGUCCGCGCCCCGCGAUCCCUGUUGGAAACCUGUGUUGCCAUCUCCCCCCGACCCCCGCCUGCCCGGAUGCUCCGGUUCUGACCCCCCAAGGGGCUGCUCUCCUAGCACAGCUCCGGUGCCCACGCUGGGCCCAUGUUCAACAGCUCAGAGAGAAAGCAACUUGAGGGAGAAUGGAUGCAAAAGCUCGAAAUUGUUUGCUUCAACAUAGAGAAGCCCUGGAAAGGGACAUCAAAACAUCCUACAUCAUGGAUCACAUGAUUAGUGAUGGAGUUUUAACAACAUUAGAGGAGGAAGAAGUGAAAAAUCAGCCCAGCCAGCAUCAACGAGCAGCUAUUCUAAUUAAAAUGAUACUGAGAAAAGAUAAUUAUGCCUACAUAUCAUUCUACAAUGCUCUGCUCCAUGAAGGGUAUAAAGACCUGGCUGCCCUUCUCCAUAGUGGCAUUCCUGUUGUUUCUUCUUCCAUUGUCAAAGACUCAGAUGGUGGAAUAACUUCCUAUGUGAAGACAGUGCUGUGUGAAGGUGGAGUACCGCAGAGGCCAGUUGUUUUUGUCACUAGGAAGAAGCUGGUGAAUGCAGUUCAGCAGAAGCUCUGGAAGCUGAACGGUGACCCAGGAUGGGUGACCAUAUAUGGAAUGGCUGGCUGUGGGAAGUCUGUGUUAGCUGCAGAAGCUGUUCGAGAUCACUGCCUCUUGGAAGGUUGUUUCCCAGGGGGUGUGCAUUGGGUUUCAAUUGGAAAACAAGACAAAUCUGGGCUUCUGAUGAAACUGCAGAAUCUUUGUACGAGGUUGGAUCAGGAUGAGAGUUUCUCAAAGAGGCUUCCACUUAACAUUGAAGAGGCCAAAGACCGUCUCCGCAUGCUUAUGGUGCGCAAACACCCAAGGUCUCUCUUGAUCUUGGAUGAUGUUUGGGACCCUUGGGUAUUAAAAGCUUUUGACAAUCAGUGUCAGAUUCUCCUUACUACCAGGGAUAGGAGUGUUACAGACUCAGUGAUGGGUCCUAAAUAUGUUGUCCCUGUGGAGAGUGGCCUAGGAAAAGAAAAAGGACUUGAAAUUUUGUCUCUUUUUGUUAAUAUGAAGAAAGCAGAUUUGCCAGAAUAUGCUCAUGGUAUUAUCAAAGAGUGCAAAGGCUCUCCUCUUGUAGUGUCUUUAAUUGGUGCACUUUUACGUGAUUUUCCUGACCGUUGGAAGUACUACCUCAGACAACUUCAGAAUAAACAGUUUAAGAGAAUAAGGAAAUCUUCAUCUUAUGAUUAUGAGGCUCUAGAUGAAGCUAUGUCUAUAAGUGUGGAAAUGCUCAGAGAAGAUAUAAAAAAUUAUUACACAGAUCUUUCCAUCCUUCCAAAGGACGUUAAGGUGCCUACAAAGGUCUUAUGUAUUCUCUGGGAUAUGGAAACUGAGGAAGUUGAAGACAUACUGCAGGAAUUUGUUAAUAAGUCUCUCUUAUUCUGUGAUCGCAAUGGAAAAUCAUUUUGUUAUUAUUUACAUGAUCUUCAAGUAGAUUUUCUUACAGAGAAGAAUCGUGGUCAGCUUCAGGAUCUUCAUAAGAAGAUGGUCACUCAGUUCCAGCGGUAUCACCAGCCGCAUGCUCUUUCUCCAGAUCAGGAGGACAGCAUGUAUUGGUACAACUUUCUGGCCUAUCACAUGGCUAGUGCCAAUAUGCACAAAGAACUUUGUGCUUUACUGUUUUCCUUGGAUUGGAUUAAAGCAAAAACUGAACUUGUAGGCCCUGCUCAUUUGAUUCAUGAAUUCAUGGAAUACAGGGAUAUAUUGGAUGAAAAGGACUGUGUAGCCUGUGAGAAUUUUCAGGAGUUCUUAUGUUUAAAUGGACACCUUCUUGGACGACAGCCAUUUCCUAAUAUUGUACAGCUGGGUCUGUGUGCACCAGAAACUUCAGAAGUCUAUCAGCAAGCAAAGCUGCAGGCCAAGCAGGAGGUCGACAACGGGAAGCUUUACGUCGAGUGGCUAAAUAAAAAACACAUCAAGAAUCUCUCCCGCUUAGUUGUCCGCCCCCAUACAGAUGCUGUUUACCAUGCAUGUUUUUCUGAGGAUGGUCAGAGAAUAGCUUCUUGUGGAGCUGAUAAAACCUUGCAGGUAUUCAAAGCUGAAACAGGAGAGAAACUUCUAGAAAUCAUGGCCCAUGAGGACGAGGUACUUUGCUGUGCAUUCUCUACAGAUGGCAGAUUUAUAGCAACCUGCUCAGUGGAUGGAAAAGUGAAGAUUUGGGAUUCUGAGACUGGGAAAUUAGUACACACCUAUGAUGAGCACUCGGAGCAAGUCAACUGCUGUCAUUUCACCAACAGCAGUGAGCACCUUCUCUUGGCCACUGGGUCAAGUGAUAUCUUCCUCAAACUCUGGGAUUUGAAUCAAAAAGAAUGUCGAAAUACUAUGUUUGGUCAUACAAAUUCUGUUACCCACUGCCGAUUUUCACCAGAUGAUGAGCUUCUGGCUAGUUGUUCAGCUGAUGGAACAUUAAAGCUUUGGGAUGUGAGAUCAGCAAAUGAGCAGAAAAGUAUUAACGUGAAGCAGUUCUUCCUGAAUUCAGAGGACUCUCAAGAGGAUAUGGAGGUGAUAGUGAAAUGUUGUUCGUGGUCUUCUGAGGGCACAAAGAUAAUGGUGGCAGCAAAAAAUAAAAUCUUCCUUUUUGACAUUCAUACCAGUGGCCUCUUGGCAGAAAUCCACAUAGGCCAUCAUAGUACCAUCCAGUAUUGUGACUUUUCUCCCCAAAACCAUUUGGUAGUGGUGGCCCUGCCCCAGUACUGCGUGGAGCUGUGGAACAUAGACUCAUGUGUGAAGGUGGCUGAUUGCCGAGGACAUUUAAGUUGGGUUCAUGGUGUGAUGUUUUCUCCUGACGGAUCAUCAUUUUUGACAUCUUCUGAUGACCAAACAGUAAGGGUCUGGGAGACAAAGAAGGUAUGUAAGAACUAUGCUACAGUGUUAAAGCAAGAAAUAGAUGUUGCGUUUCAAGAAAAUGAAGUGAUGGUCCUUGCAGUUGAUAACGUAAGACAUCUACAACUUAUUACUGGAAAAACAGGUCGGAUUGAGUAUCUGACUGAAGCUCAAGUUAGUUGCUGUUGCUUAAGUCCACAACUUCAGUAUGCUGGAUUUGGAGAUGAAGAUGGAGCCCUUCAGGUGUUAGAACUUCUGAACAACAGAGUCUUCCAAUCCAGAAUCAGGCAUAGGAAAGCUGUACGGCACGUCCAGUUCACACCUGAUGGGAAGACUCUCAUUUCAAGUUCUGAUGAUUCUGUAAUUCAGGUAUGGAAUUGGCAGUCACAGGAAUACAUUUCUCUGGAAGCCCAUCAGGAAACAGUGAAAGACUUCAGGCUCCUAAAAAAUUCAAGAUUACUUUCUUGGUCAUUUGAUGGAACAGUAAAGAUAUGGAAUAUUGUGACUGGAAGAAUAGAAAAAGACUUUGUCUGUCACCAGGGUACAGUACUUUCUUGUGACAUUUCUUCUGAUGCCACGAAGUUUUCAUCUACCUCUGCUGACAAGACUGCAAAGAUUUGGAGUUUUGAACUCCUUUCCCCUCUUCACGAGUUGAAGGGCCACAAUGGCUGUGUACGCUGCUCGGCCUUCUCUGUGGAUGGUGCUUUGCUGGCCACUGGGGAUGACGAUGGAGAAAUCAGGGUAUGGAGUGUGGCACACGGUGAGCUUCUUCAUCUGUGUGCCCAGAUUUCAGCAGCAGAAGGAGCUGCUACCCACGGAGGCUGGGUCACGGACCUUUGCUUUUCUCCAGACAGCAGAAUGCUGGUCUCUGCUGGGGGGUAUCUUAAGUGGUGGAAUGUUGUCACUGGGGAGUCCUUACAGACCUUCUACACGAAUGGAACCAAUCUUAAGAAAAUACAUGUGUCUUCUGACUUCAAAACAUAUGUGACUGUUGAUAAUCUUGGUAUUUUGUAUAUUUUACAGAUUUUAGAGUAAAGUGGCUAAGCAUUAAGUAGUUCAGCUGUUUCAUUUUGAAUUUGAAAAAAAAUGAAACUGUAUAUCAACUUUAUAAAGCUGUGAAUUGUUUCUCAGUAUUACAUUCAUUUAAAGAGUGUUUAUGGUUGGAUGAAUGUUGAUACAGCCUUUUGCCAAAUGAACAUGUCUUUAAUCCUGCUUUUCAUAAUCACCAUCAUUGUUAACUAUUUUUCCUUAAUGUGCAAAUGAAAAUGUAAAGAUAUACUUUGUUAUACUGUUGGUCAAAUUCUCUCUUGAUGCAUUCAAAUUGGAUGACAUAAUUAAUGAGAAUAAUGUGAAGGAAUUCUUUAUUUGAUGCUGUAAUUAUGCAAGCUGUGCUUCAAGGUAAUGGUGGCCUGUUUUCUGAACCCCAUGUGCCCCAAGGGGGUACAGUUUUCCCAAAUACAAUUUUGUUGCUUAUUUGCACUUUAAAUUAGCUUUAAAAAUACUGUGUCUGCAUGCACACUUUGCAACAUAUCUUUUAAUUAAUGCAGUAAAUGAGUGGAUUUCAAUAGUUCUCUCUGUGAAGCAGACUUGUGUUAGAGUAGAUUUCUCCCUGUAGCCGAUCAAGUGGUCAGUAUUGGAGCUGAGCGUUGUCUUGCUGUUUGGAUUUUUUUUACUACCUGAUGAAUCUUGACCUUUCUGAAUCUUUACUUUUUCUUUCUUAAAGCAAUUCCUCCAUAGUUAAAUGUCAGUCAAAGUAGUUGAGGGACCAGUUUUUUCCUUUUUAGAGGUAGGGUCUCUAUAACCCAAGCUAUCCUUGAACUCAAUAUGAGCCACGGAUGACCCUGAAUUUCUUGUCUACCUGCCUCCACCUCCCAAGUGCUGGGAUUAUAAACACACUCUGCCAUGCCCAGUUUAUAUAGUGCUGAGGAUUGAACUAAGCAAGAACUCACCGUCUACCAGGGCCAGCUUUGAUACUUUCCUGAGAAAUGUGAAACAGUAAAGCAUGGUUUUCUUCUUACUCCAUUUCCUUAUAGGUAAGUCAAGGUCAGUGCUACUCUCUUUGUAAAUUUUAAGAGAAUUGUCUAUGAUUUUCUUAAUUCAGAGAAACCAUUGUCACUCUGGAAGAUAACUUUCACUUUCCAAACAAUCUGUCUUCCUUCCUUUCUCUUACUAUAUUUCCUUCCUCUUCUGUUCUCUUUGGUCUUUCUUGUUUUCUUCUUCUUUGUCUUCUUCUUUCUCCUCUUCCUCCUUUUCUCCUUCUUCUUCUUCUCCUCCUCCUCCUCCUCCUUCUUCUUCUAUUUCUUCCUUCAAAGGUUAGCCAGGAGAGAUGGCAUUUCUUCCCUCCCCCCUGGAAAAUGUUACCCAAGCUAGCCUUGAACUCCUGGACCCUAGUGGUCCUUUGCCUCAGAUUCCUAAGUAGCUAAGUAAGUUGUUUCUUCUUCAUUUUUACUUCCUGAUUAGAAUCUUUAGUUGAAAACAAAAUUUAAAAAUUUUCUCUGAAAUACUGUAGAGGGCUAGAGAGAAAUUAAUUACAAUCAUCAAAAUUCAAAUAUUUUUGAAACAAAUUAAUAAAUGAGUAUUAGUAUUCAUAGUAAGUAAGUGGUGAUCCUAUGUUUAUAGUUGGUAUGUGUUAGUAGAUGUGGUAUGGGUAGAGUGAAUAAACCACUAGCAUAUAUUUUACAUGGUGCUGAAGAUCGAGCUUUGCACAUUGCUAGGCAAACAUUCUCCCACUGAACCAAACCCCCAGCCCUCAGAUAUUUUUAGAUUCGAUAUUCCUAUGUGGCAUUUGCAGGAACUGUUAAGUAUAGUAAAUAAAAUCUUUUACAUUGAAGUUUUUUGACUUGUUUUGGGUUUGGUAGGUUAAGGAAGUAUUUUAUAGACUUUUAACUGUGAUUCAAGAAAAUGUGAUAGGUGAAAAAUCUUAAUUUUAUAAAAAUAAGUUUCUGUAAAUAGGUUGUCUUACUUAGAACAUCCAAAUCAUGAUUUGAUUUUCAUAUAAUAUUAGAGGUGUCCCAUCUGUGGCUCAGAAUAAAAACGUUUACUUUUAGAAUUAAAAGCCUCUUGAUUAUUAAAAUAACAAACAUAGUGUUUACAAAUUCUUGACUGGCCUUUAUUUUAAAAAGAAUAAAUAAGCCGGGUGUGGUGGUGCACACCUUUAAUCCCAGGCAGAGGUAAGAGGAUUACCAUGAGACUGCCAAGUGAAUUGCAGGUUAGCCUGGGCUGCAGUGAGA